UACGGAUAAUUCUAAUACCAUUACGAAUGUGUGUCCUUUUUGUCUGACUGUGUAUUAGAAACGUACAGAACAGGAAAUUUUGACGGAUUUUGAAAUGUUAGCUUGUAUAACUACUUUAUAUUCAAACAUGAAGAACAGGCUGGAUCACAGUUCUGGACAGAGUAUGAAAAUGGUAAGGCAAAUCAGUUUGAUUUGUUUUAUGUGAUAUCUUCAGUUUAAGGUAGCAUUAGAAAACCAAGAAAUGUGCCAGAUGUUUUUUUUUUGUUUUAUAGGAAUCCAUCAGCCUAUUAUCCUGCUUGACAGUGUCCUGCCUCUUAUCAUUGACACUAAAAUCCUCUCAUUUCUAAUUAUGUCUUUCUUUUUCCCUAGUUGUGUGUGUUUCCAUGCCCCCCAUGCCUUUGUUGGCAUCUAAUGGAAGAAAAAGCACCUGCCAGAUCUGCCAUGGUGUCCAGAUUGCCUAAGUUUGGUGGACGCUCCACGACUGGUGGUGGAAGCCCUUUGUCCAAUGGUUCUACACAAGCAACCACUCCUACGCAGGAUGGUAAGACCACUCCCCCAGGAAUACGCCAAAAUGGUUUGAUCCGUGCAUCCCCAUUCACCCUGAAAUGGAAGAAAGAUGAGGGGACAACACUAUCCAGCCCCACUACCCCAACAAACCCUGUGGACAGUGGAGAAGAUAGGGCUCAGAAACAGCUUCCUACAUUGACAAAGGAGGUAAAAAAUGGCUCUCCAGCAACUCCUACGAUGAGAAGGUCAGGUACUUUGACUGUAGCUGUCUCCAGUCCUACCGCCAUUCCCAAGCAAUCCUUGAAGAUGAGUUCCAAAGUGGGGACCAAGCUAGGCCAAAGCCCACUGAAUGGAAGCCUUAAAAUUGGCCUCAAUGGCUCCAGUAUUCCUGCAAGAACAGGGUCAGAAUCCCGCCUCUUGGGUCCAAGUUUAGGCUCCACCUCUCCCAGAAGCAGUUCUCAGGACAGCCUGUCCCAGUUCAGUGACAGCCUGAAGACCUUGGCACUGGACAACAUGGUGCGUUCAAACAGCUUCACCCAUUUCAAGCAAAUUCCGUCACCCACCAGCCAACCUAUGAAACGCUCCUUCUCCUUCAACCGGGCUGUGGAGCUAGCCAAGCCUCUAGCAAACACUCAGCUACGACCUCGUAGGAGUAGUUUCCUUAAACCUCCUCAGCUGAGUAAUGGGAGAGUGGGUGCAGGACUUGGAGGCAUGAAUGGUAGCCUUGGAAGUCCAGGAAGUGGAAGUGGAGGACCUGGAGGAUUUCAGUACAGUAGAACCCCUCCAGCUGCCUCCUCUCUGCCCACUCUUUCGAUCCUUCCAGCACCCAGUACUCCAAGGGCUUUGAGGAAGCCUCUGCUCCCCAGUUGUGUUCUGACCAAGCCAUUGGGCAGCAGUGGGGGGUCUUUGGGCUACAGGCUUGUUCGGUCGGGACAGGCCAGGCAGCAAAAGCCUCUUUUUCCAGGUAGGGUCAAAGGUGAUAUCAAACCUUCAACUGCCUCUGAGAGUGGUGGGUUGAUAGAAAAAACAAUAGACAAUGAGCCGUAUGGUGAAGUUGACCGAGCAGACCCACCCAGUGAUAGUGAUGGAUGCUCUGGAUAUGGAGGAGGAAAGAAUGGUGUGCGUAUGCAUAGUUCUAGCCAGGCAGCAGGCGAGACUCCAGAGGACAUGUCCUUAUCUUCAGCCUCAUCUUUAGAAAGAGUCGACAUCAGUGAAGAGUUUCUAGAUGAAUUUGACAGCGUGGGAGAUGUAUUUAGUGAUGGAGACCAGACAGAUAACAGGGAAACUCAAACCAUCCUACAAAGCUUUAUCAAUGAGACCCUUGACUGGGACACUAUGGAUCUGGAAGGACAUAAAGAUGAUAGCCCUAUGCAGGACUCCCAGGGGCCACUGAUGUUGUCUUCGGAGCAGGCUGAUGGCCCUCAGGCUUCAUCUUUGGAGCUGUCUCCCUCUAACAGCUCUGGUGGAACUUACAUGUGGGAUGAGGAUGGUCUUGAGCCACUUGGUGGGCCCAGGACACUUCCACAUGACAGCUAUGAUGACUCAGAGCUCAACAGCAUGGAUAUCCUGAACAACCUGGACCCCCAGGGAAACGGAGAAUUGGACGACGAUGACCUCAUGCUGGAUGUGGACCUCCCUGAAGAUGGACUGCACGACUCUGACAGGAUGUCCCAUAUUGAGCGCUCAGAGAGGGCGGGUCGGCAGGGACAGCGGCGUAAACCCCACCGCUGGAGUGGACCAGAACACAUCCACAAUGAAAGCAGGUCCAAUGUCUUCCAGCACUAUGAUGGUCUCAGGUCUUCAAGGAUUUCUUCACAGUCAGUUCCUUCUGAAGGAAGGCAGCAUAGCUACAUGUCGGCGCUAGAUGAAAUCACACUCAAACAUAUGAGUCAGGACUGUAGCUCCCUGAAGAGCCAGCUGCUCAGGCUCAAAACGCUGCUGCAGCUUGAGGAUACAGACUCUUCAGCUGAAGUUCCUGAGGACAUUGAAGACAAUACCACAGCAAUACAAUUGGGGGAGCUGAUUAAGGAAGUGCAGGGGCUCAGAGAGGAGCUGAGGAGUCGAGACAAGACCAUCGCUCAGCUCACACUACAGUGCCAACAACUACAGCAACAACAUCAGCAGGAACAAAUGCCUGGUCAAGGCCGGCAGUUCAGGUGUCAGUGCCACCACCAGAGGGCUCCAUCGUCACUGCGACAGAGCGACAGACAGACGGACAAACGGAUGCCGAAUCACUAUGACAAGACCACCCAGACGUACUGGAGACCAAUGAGCCAUGCUCCUCAAAUACUACAGCCCUUCAACCCCUGCCUCAGCGAGCACCUCCACCAGGGAAGAAUAGUAAAACCUCCCCUCACCGAGGACCGCAGUGACCUCACACGGAGCAGAUCAGAGGAAGCAACCAAGAUAGAUGCUGACCGUCCCCUUAAGGACCAUAUGGUGGACGUGCCCGGGACAGCAGACCUGGACGAGCUUAGUCAUCCGCUCGGCACCCACCUGCACCGCCUAGACUCUGAGGCUCUACGGGGGGUAACCGAUAGAGACAGUCCAGCAACAGCAGCUCUGUGUGCAGCACAGCAUGAGGAGAGAACGCCCGCUGUGAAACUGCAGAACUCUAUCACUCCCAGACCUGCUGCUGGUUCGACGUGCCCUCGCAUGCUGCAGCCUCCUCGCCUUCACAAGCGCGUGUCUCUCCCGGCACUCAAGCCAGGGGGCGCAGGCAGCUCGGGAUCUUUCUCUGGCCCACUGGCCAACCACAGCAAGCAGCUGCCCCCUCCAACCAGAGGCCUUCCCUGCUUUAACACAGGACCUCAGGCACACGCUCCAAGUCUUUGUCGCACUUCACUGCUUCAGCCUCGCCGAGCAUCAGAGCCUUGCGGGAAUCAAUGGAGCACUGAGUCCAGCCUGCAGGAGCCCGACCAGGGGACGCCGAAAAACCUGAAGUCAGCUAAGUUCCUGAUCCCUCUGAGUCGCUCGUGCCUCCCCAAGCCAAAGAUUCCCUGAGGAGCUUCAACCCACACUUCAAAACUUAAAACUGGAAUCAUUCUGAUAUCUAAAUUCAUUCUUUUCUUUUCCCAGCCAUAACACAGUGUGAUUGUUUUGACUUUUGCGUGUCAAAGGAACAUUACAUUAAAGUCAUUAUUAUAUUACAGACAUUAUUCAGGGACUUCCUAUGCCCAUGACUCUUUCAGUGCAACUGCUGUUUUGUUUCUAAGUCAGCUUCUACCACUUCAACUUGACUGAAAAUAUAGUAUGUAGCAGGAUCUUUCCUUCACGUCAACAUAAAGCCGUUCAUACACUUUCAGGUCAAGCUGUAUUUAUCUAUAAUGUGCAGCUUUAGCCUUGUGCACAAAUGCUGCAGAUGUACAGCAAAGAAAGUGUAAGCAUUCAGAGUCUACUUUUUAUGUUCGUUUGUAAUGCCUGCGGCUGUUAUCACAUUUUAAAAGUCCAAGCUCACUUGUUCUCACACAGCUGUGCCCUCUGACACACAGGUGCAUUUGGCUUUAAACACAGAGGUGACAUGAAUGUGACAUUUGCAGCAUAUUAGAAAGCCCAGGGGGAAGAUUGAGGCAAGAAAAAGAAGUGGGAAAGAGAGAAAAAAAAUAACAGUACAAGUGCAGUGGUGGCUGGAGACUGAGGAGCAAAUGCGUCAAAGUGUGCUGGAGCUGUCAUGUCCAGGAUAAAAAUAUAUGUAUAAGUGUGUUUGUGUUUUUAUGAGUGUGUAUGUGUGAAAUUGAGAGAUGAGAGAUGUCGAGGUGCGGCAUACAGAGAGGUGCAUCAGUGUUUCUAGUUCCUGUGAACUUCUGAAUCCAGCACAUAUUAGCAAAAGGGGUGAUGGACCUUCUGUGUAAUUGCAGCCCAGACUGAAAUAUAGGCUUAUAAAAAUAUUACCACGCUGGUGUUGGAUAUAUAUAAGUUUAUACAGUGUGCAAGUCGGGAAUUCGCUUCCAUCAUGCAGCAGAAAAGAGCGGAGUAAUAAAGCUCUCACAUACUUGGAAAUACUCAGGUACAAUGUUGGCGGACUCACAGCCAUGCACAAACACACAGUGGGUGCUCAGACACUCUGGAAAGUGACUGUUUUUCCUGGCUUACAUUUUGUGCUUUUAGAUGGAAAAACAAAGUAUGGCAAGCAAGUGGAGACAGCAUGUAACACCACUAAUUCAAGGCAAACAUAACACAAAAACAUCUGCAAGUAAUUCAAAUUAGAGAGUGUUUCAUGUAAAUCAUCUCAAUUUGAUGUUAGAAAAUGCAACUGUCAAACGCAGAGAAAAAUUGCACUUUAAGAAAGUUUAAGAAAAAGUCAGUUAAACAACUUGUUAGGAAAUUUACUACACUCUCAACAACUGACACAUCAGCUAAGAGAGAUUUAUUAAACAAGUGAAGCUGCUUCCCAAUGUGUGUGUGUGUGUGUGUGUGUUGGCUGACUGAGUUUGUGUGUCCUGUUCAACCCUCUCUCUCUCUAUCUCUCUCUCUGCUCUCGCUCUCUGCUCUCGCUCUCUUGCACAUCUCGUCGGGAACAUCAAAGGUAUUAGCACUGUAUUUUCAGGUAGGCAGCCUUGGGGGGUUUAGCGGUGUUUCUGUGGGACUUUUGGAGGAUUGUGUUUAUCUUCUCUUUGCGGAGCCCUUUUGCAGUCAAACGAAAUGUCCCCGAACGGAGAGCAGCAGUGUGUUAAAAAGGCCUUCUGACAGCAACUCUGCUCUCUUCUCUGUCACGCCGCGUGACCGCUUGGUGUACGCCUCCGGCACUGUCCGGUCUACUGCGUCCAAUAAUGCACCCUACAUAGAUAGAUAGAUAGAGAGAGAGAGAGAGACACACACACACACACACACACACACACACACACACACACACACACACACACACACACACACACAACAAGCAGAUACAUCCGGACACCCGAGUUACACAGACACACAUGUAAGGGAACUCUGACAAAACUCAAAGAGACACAAAACUCAGAGUGAACACACACAUCAGUUCUCACUUCCCACUUGGCACAGAAGUGCACUGAUACACACACAAACACACACUUUGAAUGUUACUACAAAGUGCAUACAGUACAAGUGUGUGUGUUUUUUUGUAAUGGUUUGAUUGCUUUAUGAAUUUGCUGUAGCCAAAAAAAAAAUGAUAGCUGUCUCUGAUUUACCCUGGAGUGUGGUACAGUCUUGUGUGUGUUUGAGUGGAUUUGUGCUGCUGAUAAAAUGUGUUUAUCUGUCGGACGGUUCAACAUUGUGCCAAACCAGCCAAGCAGUCAACACCACUGUUUGAAGCAAGAGAGAAAAAAAAAACAUCCUUCUAAUGAAAAUGGAAACAAGACGGAGCGAUACAUUCAGAGGAGGGAGGAAUACGCUCAGGGAAAAACAAUGAGACAGGGCAGGAGGCAAAAGCAAAGGAAUAAGAGAUGACGAGAUGAAAUCAUGAAGACGCUGUUGUGACUAGAGGCUUCUGGCAGAUUUUCUUUCGAAUGUUUGUCCACAAAAUGUCAUGCAGGUGUGUCUAGGAGAGUAGAGGGACUGAGAAUACCUAACAUGUUUGUUUGUGUGCACUUUGGCCCAAUCCCCUUAGCUGUGCCACUCAAUGCUUUGUAAUGCCAAACAGGAAAUCAAUGUUGCCCGCUGAAUGUGUUUGUGUAUCUCUUUGUGAGUGUGUGUGCAUCUCCAGACACCUCUGCCUGCCAGGAAGAGUGUGUGUGUGUGUGUGUGUGUGUGUGUGUGUGUGUGUGUGUGUGUGUGUGUGUGUGUGUGUGUGUGUGUGUGUGUGUGUGUGUGUGUGUGUGUGUGUGUGUGUGUGUGUGUGUGUGUGUGUGUGUGUGUGUGUGUGUGUGUGUGUGUGUGUGUGUGUGUGUGUGUGUGUGUGUGUGUGUGUGUGUGUGUGUGUGUGUGUGUGUGUGUGUGUGUGUGUGUGUGUGUGUGUGUGUGUGUGUGUGUGUGUGUGUGUGUGUGUGUGUGGUGUGUGUGUCAGUGAGUGAGUGAGUAUGAGAGAUGUAUCUGCCCAUAGGCCAAAGGCAAAGCCCUGCCAGGCAAAGCAGGGCAGCGCCAUCCUUCUCUCCCCGUGCUGUAAUCCCUAUCUCCAAAUCAAUACACCCGCUCAGUUUAGCAGUCUAGCCAAAUGCUCACUCAUUCCUAGCCGCGCCCGCUUGCUACGCGAUAACAAAACCACAACUGAAAUCUCUCUGCUCCAACUUUAAUCGAUCAAAUCAGAAUCUUGAUUCUCUUUAGUUUGUUAGGAAAGAACACUAAAUUAUUAAGCUGCACUGCAAAACAGGAAAACCCCCAUAAGGAGUGGAUGAAUUGUAAUUUUCGGAACAGCAUAGGCAUUACAACCUUCUGUCCAUGAUGAAGUUUUAAUGCAGCACAAUAAAUAUGCACAUCAGCUGAGACACUUGUAACCACAUAAUCCACUGACAUUUUAAACAUAUAGACACAUUUCUGAAAAAAAAACAACUGAGUCAUAUUUGCAGUUUCAAGCUUCUAGUAGUUUUGUGCAUGUGUGAAAACACCAUUAUUGUGAGAAACCUUGUUUCUUGCAUUUUAGCACCUUUGAGCGUAUUGUUUUGGCUUAACAACUCAAAGCUCCAUCUUUGUCUCUGGAGUACACACCACAAAUAAAUGCCAUUGCUAUAACUACGUGUCUGUAGCAAGUACAGUUUUAAAGUGCAUACAUGUUUGAAACUGCAAAUAUAUCUUUGUCUAUUUUUAGAGCAACUCCUCACUUCAGUUUGAAUUAUUCUUUGCUGUCUUGAUGCAGUCCAUUGAUGAUCUUUGGCAGCAGUUUUGAAUCCAUUACUCUAGUUUUUGUCAUUUUCAUUAUAGCUGAAUUUCCUUUUAAAAGCUUAAGGUUUUUGCAGGUACAGCACAGCACAGCACAGCACGGUGUAACUGUUCAUCUUUCCACGUCUUCCCAAAAUAUGCAAACUUCCUCCAAUUAUCACUGCAUAAUCUCCAAUAUCAGCUGCUUCCAGUUGAUAAGCACUGUCUCCAGCACUCUGUACAAUAUUGCCUGUGGCAAAAAGAUGAGGGAACGCUACACUUUAUUUUGGCGACCUUUUAUGCAAAUGAAAAAAGGCAGGUAAAGCUUUUUGUCAAUUCUAAUCUGAAGCACUUUAAGUGAUGUUAGUAGAUGAUGCUGAGCGAGACUGGAAGAAUAAGAAUACAUUUGGUUAUUCUUUGAAAGUGUGUCUAUAUUUGCAAAAUGAUAUUUUUCUAGGAAGCAAUGAAAGAAAGCAAUAAAGGUUGAACGAAAACUGGCAAGGGUGUUUUCUUCUGUUGGAGCUUAUUCACCUUUUCACCAUAUUUGGUUAAUUUAAUGGCUCCACCUAUGUUGAUUACAUGUCGGAACAAUAAACUCAAUGUGUGUUUAUUUCCAAUCCUGAGCUGAAGAAAAAAACGUUUAAACAUCAGGAGUAAAUAAAUGUUCUACAAAAGAGGUCUGAGGUAGAAAUGUUGGUCCUGGGAGGUACAAUUGUAAAAAGUCGGAGCUGUUUAUUGAUCUGCAUUAUUGACCCCAACAAUUGCUUAAACACAACAAUCUAAAGCUGCUGUUCUCAGUUCAAGAUGAAAGAGGAACCUCAUUCUUGUUGUUUUUCUUGUUUUCACUGUAUACUGGUUGUAUUUAUGUGGAAAUAAAGUAUGAUUAUUGAACAGUU